CCUCUGGAGAGAGAACAAGCCGGACCAGGGAGAAUGAGAAUCUGUCAGAGAGGCAGGGGGAAAGAAAGGGAGGACAACAAGAGCAACUGAUUGUGAACAAUAGUGAUUACUAAACGUGGCCAAUCAGGCAGCUCUCAUUUACUCUGCGCCAUCCCAAAUAAUCCAGUGUUCAUCCGGAGGCGAGUGGUGAUGACACUGAAGAUGAGGACACCGCCCAUACUUGUGACUUUGUUUUCUACCUCUUCUAUGCCGUCUAUCCUACACCAGAACCUGAAAAUCAACUCUUCUGAACAGCCAAGUCCCUCGUUGAACAACAGCACCUGGCCAUCGGUCAACUAUUCAGGUUUAGGGAUGUCCUGCUUCACUAUGACAUUUGGCGCCAUCUCCAACCUCACGGCUCUGAGCAUCCUGGCUAAGUCCCGAGUCCGAUUCCGCCGCCAAUCCAAAGCACCAUUUAUGUUACUAACAGUGGCUUUGCUUUUGGCUGACCUCGUAGGUCAUGUGAUCCUAGGCGCCUUUGCUUUGUAUCGGCACAUAGAUCAGAGGUAUAAAAUGCAGGCCGAGAUGCCCAACAAAGUAUUCUGUCAAAUUUUUGGGGCAUGUAUGGUGUUUUUUGGCUUAUGCCCUUUGCUGUUGGGUUGUGCCAUGGCAGUGGAGCGCUGUGUGGCCAUCACCCAGCCCUUUUUCCACGCUGCUAUGAUCACAGUGGCUCAUGUGUGGCGAGUUGUGUUAUUUCUGUCCUCUCUUGCACUUGUGCUGGCAGUUCUACCUUUAUUUGCUGUGGGGACUUACACUACCCAGUCUCCUGGGACAUGGUGUUUCUUGCCUAUCCAUGGUCCACAGUCUAACACCAACCUGGCUCUGGCCUUCUCAUGCCUGGGCCUCACUGCACUUGCUCUUUCCCUACUCUGCAACAUCCUGAGUGGUCUGGCAUUGCUGCAAGCCAGAAUGAAGUCCCACAAUGUAAAUACAAAAUCAGCAGCUCACUGUCGUCGUACAUCGUCUUCCUCCUUGUUUUGUUCGUUGGAUGUAGAGAUGAUGGCGCAACUGGCAGUGAUCACUGUGGUUUCCUGUGUAUGCUGGAGCCCCUUUCUUAUCCAUAUUCUUGUGAUGCAGUUCAAUCAAAGAACAUCAACCCAUGAGAAAGAUGGAUUUAUUCUUCUGGGCUUACGUAUGGCCUCUUGGAAUCAGAUCUUGGACCCUUGGGUUUACAUCUUACUGAGGAAGGCAGUGCUUUUCAGACUUUGUUGUGCUUUCUACACACAGAGACCCACAGUUACAGAAAAUAGGUCCUGUGCAGACACACACAGGCAGGCCUGACCAUGUUGCUCUUGAACUUUUUCCUCCUACUGAAAUAAAGUAUUUGUGUGUUGUGAAA